UCGCAGCACAUGUCAACGUCAAACCAGUGUUUGUGUUGUGGCUUAUCAAAAUUACGACAAAGAUUAGAUGGGCGGUUUAAGGGUGGCAACUUUAAGCAAUAGCAAAAAUCAUUCAUCAUUGCUUAAGAAGAAGCACUGGGGCUAGUAAAAUGCGUGCGUACGAAAAAUAUUGGCGUGAUUCGGCGUCUGUUAUCGUUUUGGCCCGCAAUCGGCACAACGAACGAGAUAUUCACGGAUACAAUUACAAGGUACUUGUGUUCAAACGAACCGAAAACACAAGCUUCCUUCCGAACCACAUCGUAUUUCCCGGUGGUUCUUUCGAUCCUCAAGAUGACUCUACCGACUGGCUAAGGUUGUUCGGCGAGCAAAGGAUACCGCCGGAAGCAUUACAAACGGUGACGUCGGUGUCUGGCCCAAGGCCUCACAUAUUCCGCCGAAUGGAGGGUGAUCAGCUCGAUCGCAGCAUUUCCGUCCGGCUGUGCGCUUUGCGCGAAUGUUUCGAAGAGUUGGGAGUGCUGCUGACGGCAAACAAGGGCCCACAAACAGGGUUCAGCGUGGCAAGAACCGAUUUCGAUGUGCGCACCUGGCAAGCGGACGUUCACGACGGAAGGAAAGCAUUUUGCCAGCUGUACGAGCAGUUGCAUGAAACCCCAGACCUGUGGGGUCUGUACGAGUGGUCUACCUGGAUGACGCCUACACACUUUCGGCGGAAGCGUUUCGAAACGGCCUUUUUCCUGGCUGCACUCAAUGAAGUGUGUCCCGUGUUGCCAGAAGAUUACGAAGUGGAGGAAUAUAUGUGGGAAUCACCGCGGAAUUUGCUCGAUGCCCAUUCGGAAGGAAUUCUCUGGCUAGCACCACCUCAAUCGUACGAAUUGCAUCGUUUGAGCCAUGUACACGAUAUCGACGUUAUAGUACGCGUAGCAAAGGCGAGGAAACGCUUCGGCACAACCCCAUUUUGUCCGGUUGGUUUUAAUGCAGCAGACGGGUAUAUCGGUGUUCUUCCUGGAGACGAUCUUUAUCCAGAGCAGUUCGACUUCAUUACUGACAAUGAGGAUAUGAAUAAGUACGGAGAGCUAACGAUGCGAGAAUUAGCCGAACGAGCACGUAACCUUCAUCGCGUAGAGCAUAGGGGAUUACACCAGCAGACGCAUUUGCACAAUGGCCCAUCGCUGGAUGGUCAUCUGCAUGUGCUCGGUUAUAACGAGCCACUUUCCAAGCUGUGAUAUUUUGUGUUGGGUAACAUUAAUAAAGUUUAUGGGAAAGGUUAAA